UUCACAGCUACUUGAUUUCAGGAGCUCGAGGUCAGGGCAAAAAACGCUGCUGCAGCAUGAACCCCUGAGCUGGCGCGCGUCUUGCAGCAGACUGUCAGGCGGAAGCCGAGCUUUGCGACUCUCCCCUCAGGCGGAGGUGAGGGGAAGGAGGGGGCCACCCAGCGGCAGAGUCUGCGGAGGGCCUGCUCUCUGCCUCCUCGGGGGCUAUGGACUGACAAGUGGUGCGUACCGAGGGGCUCCUCUGUCCCCAGAGGUGCAGGGCUGUGAGAGCUGCGGCAUUCACCAUGCGGGCCCCUGGCCGUGGCCCUGAGCAGAGGACCGGGCUGGCCCUGCAGUGGAGGCAGAUCUCCUGGAUUGCCUGCUGGAUCACCCUGUAUGCUGUGGAGGCCCUCCCAGCCUGUCCUUUCUCCUGUAAGUGCGACACCAGCAAUCUGGAUGUGGAUUGCAGUGGCCUAGGCCUCACGAUCGUGCCCCCGGACUUGCCUGCUGCCACCCGAACCCUCCUGCUCUUGAACAAUAAGCUGAGUGCCCUGCCGAGCUGGGCAUUCGCCAAUCUGUCCAGCUUGCAGCGGCUGGACCUAUCCAACAACUUCCUGGACCAGCUGCCCAGCUCCAUAUUUCAGGACCUGACGAAUCUGACAGAGCUGCAGCUGCGCAAUAACAGCAUCAGGACCCUGGACAGAGACCUGCUGCAGCACUCACCCCUGCUCCGCCACCUGGACCUGUCCAUCAAUGGCCUGGCCCAGCUGCCCCCGGGCCUUUUCGAUGGGCUCCCUGCUCUCCGCUCUCUAUCACUACGCUCCAACCGUCUGCAGAGCCUGGACCGGCUGACGUUCGAACCCCUAGUGAGUCUGCAGCUGCUGCAGGUUGGGGACAACCCCUGGGAGUGUGACUGUAACCUGCGAGAUUUCAAGCACUGGAUGGAGUGGUUCUCCUACCGAGGGGGGCGCCUAGAUCAGCUUGCCUGUACCCUACCCAAGGAGCUGAGGGGGAAGGACAUGCGUAUGGUCCCCAUGGAGAUGUUCAACUACUGCUCCCAGUUGGAGGAUGAGAAUAGCUCGGCUGGGCUGGAUAGUCCUGGGCCACCCUGCACCAAGACCAGCCCAGAACCUGUGAAGCCCAAGCCCGGGGCCGAGCCUGAGCCUGAGCCCAGCACAGCCUGCCCUCAGAAGCAGAGGUAUCGGCCAGCGAGCGUGCGCCGGGCCAUUGGCACCGUGAUCAUCGCCGGAGUUGUCUGUGGCAUCGUGUGUAUCAUGAUGGUGGUGGCUGCUGCCUACGGAUGCAUCUAUGCCUCCCUAAUGGCCAAGUACCACCGAGAGCUCAAGAAGCGUCAACCCCUCAUGGGGGACUCGGAGGGCGAGCAUGAAGACCAGAAGCAAAUCUCCUCCGUAGCAUGAGAGAGUCCAGCUCCACCUGGCCCAGGUAGGAAGGGCAAGGAGAGUGCACAGAGGCUGCUUCGGGAAGGGCUGGCCCUUCUUUCUGUCACAGUCCCCAACUCCACUUUCCCCCCAGCCCUCCAGAAAACCAGCCAAGUGUGGACUUCCAGUCUCUGGGGAAGCUGCCAUUACGCUAAAGAUUCCUGCUGAUGCUCCCUUCUGGGCCACAAAAUCUUUGGAACACCAGGGGAUCUCCCUGAGCUUCUAGCCGCAGGGAAGAAAGAAUGUGUGUGCAAGUGGAGGCUUCUGGACUGAGCACCCCCGUUGCCCUUCCUGCCCUGGGUGUAGUCACAGUUGGGUGACUCUCCAUACCUCUUGCUCAACCCGCCUCAUCUGCAUUUAGGGGUCGGGGAGGAAGUAAUAUGAGGGUCAGUGGUCCAUUUCUGUGACUCUCUUCUAUGCCAGAAAGAUAUUCUUAAUCAUCCACUAGUGUAAAAGUUGGGUCCAGUUUUCAAGAGCUGGUACUAAUGUGCAAUCAUACCAACCCUGUCAUCUGGAUCUCGCACAGUGCUGUGAUGGUAACACAUCUCUUGGCUGAAGCCAUUGUGUCCCUGUAUCUGCUAGAGACCACGCCGACCACACUGCUCCUGGACGCACUAAUUUACUCUCACAAACACUCAUAGCACCACCAGCGAAAUCACAUCAGCUGAAAAGAUCUCACACACAGGCGCACACACAGUCACAUGGAGACAGAGGCCAUGAGAACUCGGGGAGCAGAAGCACGUUUCCCCCUUGGAUCGCUAGUCCUCAGAACACAGAACUUUUGCUUGCUUUACUGCAAUCUUCUCAAGUCCACACGGGGGAGAAACCCAAACUGACAACACAGGAUGCCUUUGAGGUUCUCUAACGUGGGCCAAGUGGAUGAGCCUGCCUGUCCCCAUGGUAACCCUCUCACCUGUCCUGCUGGGUUUUCCAGGGACACCAGCCCAGAGGAUUCGAAGCUGCAGCGCCUGUGGAUGGCAGCCUCCUGAGAGCUGAGGGAGCCUAAGGCAUCAUCACUGCCAGCCCCGUGGGGAUACCCACCGAUCCCACUCCUGUAGCCUGCGGCCCAGGCACCAUUGCUCUGCACCUCUCAACCCUCCAUCUUUCGCAUCUCUGGGCCGGUGACCUUGGAUGGGGCCUGGGUCAUGCUCUGUGAUUGGUGGCAUCUUGGGAAAACAGGCGGCCUUUGCUGAAGUUCACUGCCUGCCAACAUCUCCCCCACGGACGCAGGAGCAGGGCCAGGACUGCCGCACCCUUCUCAGUGGCUUCAGCGAUGGGGCGGCCUUUCCCACGGUUCGGUCUGCUCAGCCUGGCUUCUCAGAAUUCUUCAUUGCCCCUGGACUGGGCUCCAAACCAGAGCAUGGGUCAAGGGAACUGUUUGUUCUUUGGCUGAACCUACACCAAAGGGACAGAGAUACCUGCUUGCGUGGCUGUGGGAGAGGCAGUGAGAAGAGGGCUGUGCCGGGUUCAGGGGUCACUAUUCUGUUUUUCUAGGUCUGCCCCUCCUCAUGAGUUUGAUGUGGGACACUGGUUUUCCCGUGACCCACAGAGGGUGGGAGACAUUGAGCUGGUUUCUGUUUCUACCACUGGCAGAGAGGUUCUCAACGGUGGCCCAGGAAGAGGUUGUGAGAACAGUGAGGCCCAGGGUCUGAGGACGGACAGGGCAGGACAGGGCAAGAUCAGCUCACUUUGCAUCCCUCAGCCCUUCCAUUUCAGAGACGAGCUUAGUGGGGGAGGGGGGUUAGGAGAAGGGGCAGAAAGGCCUUUGAGAAGGCCAUUCUCCAGCAAAGGGGAAGCAGAGGGAGCCCGAGCACAGGAUGCUAAAUGCUCUCCCCGGGGUAGG